AUGUCACCAACAAUUCCAACAUUUGAAGAUUUGUCCUUUUACGCAAAUAGUGAGAAAGCACAACAGCUUCGGUAUGAUGCAUUAGCUUCACAGUUUCACACAAAUUUCCCCUCUUCCAAAAUUGACUUUUUUGCUAGAUCACCAGGUAGAGUGAAUUUGAUUGGCGAUCAUAUUGAUUACAAUUAUUUCCCGGUAUUGCCAAUGGCGAUUGAUGUUGAUGUGGUUGCUGCUGUUUCUGUUAACCAAGAAGAAGAUGAUGAUGAUGAAGAAGAAGAAAAAGAAAAAGAAAAAGAAAAAGAAAAAGAAAAAGAAAAAGAAAAAAAAGACCAUGCUAGUGUCAAUAAUUCGAUUGUCAUUACAAAUACAAAGAGUGAUGAAUUUCCUCGAGAGGUCAUUGCCUUGCCCAAAGAGGGAGAGGAGAUCAAAAUGGAUGAGCAUCACGGAUGGGCAAACUAUUUUCGAUGUGCAUUGAUUGUUGCUCAUAAAUAUUUACAAGGAAACUCUAAAAAAUCCACCCUCGUGAGCACCUCUACUUCCUCUUCUCCAAUUAGUUUCAAAUUGAGAGGAAUGAAGAUGUGUUUUGAUGGCUCGGUACCAACUGGUGGUGGUUUGUCUUCUUCAGCUGCGUUUUGUGUUACUGCUACACUUGCAAUCUUGUAUGCUGCAGGAGUAACCAACUUAUCCAAGGCCGAUUUGACUAGAAUCACCGUUGUUUCCGAACAUUAUAUUGGUCUCAAUAAUGGCGGUAUGGAUCAAUGUGCCUCUGUGAAUGGAGAAACGGGUCAUGCAAUGGCUAUCGCUUUUAAGCCCCAAUUGAAAGCAACACCAGUGCAAUUCCCUGUUGAGGAUUUGACAUUCAUAAUUACCAAUAGUUUGCAAGUGUCCAACAAGCAUGAAACUGCACCGGUGCACUAUAAUUUGAGAGUAGUUGAAAUGGCCAUUGCCAGUGAUUUACUUGCAAAGAAAUUGGGUGUUGAGGAUAAAGCAGUAAAGGAUUCAAACUUGAGCACUACAUCAUUGAGAAGUAUUAUGGAUGCAUAUCUUGGAGAAUGGAAUGGAGAUGACGUGGAUCAGGGUAUAGCAAAUGUGAAAAAGAUGAUUGAUGAGGUUGAGCGUUAUUUGAAGAAAGGCAAUGGAGGUGGCAACCACGACAGUGACGGAUAUACAGUUGCCGAAGCUAGCCAACAGUUACAAAUUACAGAAACUGAAUUUCAGAGCAAAUAUCUUUCCAAGUUUCCUGUGAGAUUUGAAAAGCUUCAAUUAUACCAAAGAGCAAAGCAUGUAUAUAGGGAAUCAUUGAGGGUGUUGCAAACAUUGAAGCUUUUGCAACAACAACAACAACAACAACAACAACAACAACAACAACAGUCACAAGGCUCAGACAAUGAGUUUCUUUCUAAAUUUGGCCAAUUGAUGAAUGAGUCGCAACAGGACCUUGAUCAAUUGAAUCAAUCAUCAAAUGACAAAUUGAAUGAAAUCUGUCAAUUGGCAUUGCGUAAUGGCUCGUACGGCUCGCGCGUUACUGGCGCUGGAUGGGGUGGAUCAAUUGUUCAUUUAACCACUGUUGACAAGUUACCCCAUUUAACAAAGAUUUUCAAGGAGUAUUUCAAGAAGGAAUUUCCCGGAGUGCAAGAGUCUGAAUUAGCCGAGGCGAUUAUCGACAGUCAGCCUGCUAUGGGGAGCUGUAUCAUUAAACAUGUGAAAUAA